GCUUCUCAAUUUCUAAACCAAACUAGCGACUUUGUUAGAUAUAGAGCUUCAACCAUGGCCAGAACACCUCAAAUCGUGGCUACACAAUUCAUAAUUCUCUCACUUCUAUCUUCGUUUGCCCUAAUUCUUGUCCAAGGAGAUGAUCAAGAAUUUGUCAGAGCCUUGGACCGCAAGCUUCUGGGUCUCAAGAAAGAGAAGUUCAGCCACUUUAAGAUGUACUGGCACGACAUUAUUGGCGGUCCAAAUCCCAGUUCAGUUCGAGUGGUGAACCCACCAACCAAUUCAUCAACAGCGUUUGGUUUAAUUAGCAUGAUUGAUAAUCCACUCACUGAAGGGCCUGAAUUGACCUCAAAAUUACUGGGAAAGUCUCAAGGGUUCUAUUCGUCUGCCUCGCAGAAAGAACUUGGCCUGCUGAUGGCCAUGAAUUUUCACUUCAUCCAAGGGAAGUACAAUGGCAGCACUAUAACGAUUCUAGGAAGGAACCAGGUUUUCAACAAGGUGAGGGAGAUGCCUGUCGUUGGAGGCAGUGGGCUUUUCAGGUUUGCAAGAGGUUAUGCUGAAGCAAGAACUCAUACAUUCACUCCAACCACAGGAGAUGCCACUGUGGAGUAUAAUAUCUAUGUGCUGCAUUAUUGAUGAUAUCUUUUUUUUUUUUCUUUGCUACCUUUUUUUCUUUGUUCCUUUUUUUUUCUAAUUAUGUUGGUCAUUUCAGUGCUUAGCUUUUAAGAUGACUGGAAGCGUUUUUGGUAAAAAUAUUUUGUAAACCAAUCCUUACCAAGAAAGCAAGUGAAUUUUGAAAAAACAUGUAAGUGCUUUUGGAACCAAUUUUUUUUUCUUAAAAACGCUUUCAGUUAUUUUAAAAGUAUUUGUGAACAAGUUCUUAGUAGGGUGGUUGAGUUUACUUUAUCAAGUAUUGGCAAACAUGAGUAGGAACUAAUUUAGAAUUUAGUAUUUGUAUGCCUGUUUCUGUAUGAAUCUUUGAGUUUACUUUA